CGGCUAUUCCUGGAGGCACGAGUGACAUAACCAAACUCCGCCAAAAAUUCGUUGCCAUUGUCGUCUGCUGGGCUAUUGGACCGGGUACAUCCAAGAUGUCACUGCUAGCCAUGUGUUUCUUCUGGUUCGUCUACAUGUGGGACCAAGGGUUUUCCCGCAACGUGUUCAGUGACUUCCCCGACUACGAUGACGACAUCAAACUCUGCCAACUCAAGUUCUCGGAGUGCGAAGAAAAGCAGAAGAAAAAAAUAUCUAAGUUGGCAUUUCAAGAUGGUCGCAGUGUCUCAAGCCUCAAGUGCGACAUUACCAGAACGUACCUAGACUGUGUCGAGGACUAUAUCUGUAGCGGAUGUGCUAACGACAAUGUCCAAGUUAUGACCAACUUCCAGAUUGAUUUACGUCGCCUAGCAACUGAGUGUCAUCCAGUUUCUGGAUAUACACAUCGAAAGGAGUCUAUCCAAUGUCAAGGCAACGAGGACCUUACUCGUGAAGACGUUUCUACAGACACAAAAACGAGUCCAGAGGAUGAUCUACCAGGGAGAUUCUAUCAAGUCUCGUCUGCAUGCCCCGACGUCACCUACUGUUACAAUGUCAGCAUGUCCUAUCAGUCAAGGUCAAUGACAGAGGUCAUGGAGGUGGACAGGGAGACAGUACAAUGCGAAGGCCUGCGUCUAACUAUAGUAUGCAUCAAUGACGCUCUCUGCUCAUGUGGACUAACAGAUGACCCACAGGCCGUCGCUGAAGUGACCAGCUUAAAAUAUCAAUACCAGCAGCUCUGUCAACAAGGGAAAGACGCAGUCCUUGAUGGUCAGCGAUGUCCAAAGAGCGAUAAUCUGUGUGAAGAUUUUCUGUUGACGUGUGAAAGAAGAGUUCUGGUUCGAUACCAACAUUUGGUGAACUCAACAGACUAUACGUAUGUUUCAUGCGAAACGUUCAAGACACGAAUCCAGUGUUUUGAAGACUUCAUCUGUACAUGCACUGAGUCCAACGUACACAGUUUGAGAAUCACGUUUGAGGACUACAAGAAACCUUAUGAAGAACAUUGCCUGAAUGUUCCGGGUCACAAGCCGAGAGAAGGUCACGCCACAUGUAUGGACAAAGACUUCUUAAAGUAUAUCGCAAAUGUGAACAGCGCCGCACAAAGAUGGAAACGGAAAUGCCCAGCCUUAAAAGAUUGCCACCAGAAAGUGUCACAAGGGCAUCUGCCCAGGCACAGCCAGUGUAGAAAUAUCAAAGAGCAGCUUCUAUGUCAAGUUGACCUGAUAUGUAACUGCAGAGCAGAAGACCAGCACAAGUUCUGGGAGACAACAGGAAGUCUGCUGUACUUACACAAUGUCACGUGUAAAGAAGAAGUGUUUGUAGAUAGAACAGUUUGUAAAGGUUUCAAAACGUAUCCAGGGUUAUGGUUGAUACUUGGCGCCCUUUUUCUACUGACCACAAGACACGCACGUGGCUGCGACUGACAAUGAGAUGACGUCAUCGAAAUCUGUUGCUAAAACGUUGUUAUCACAGUCUGUUGUUUUACAUUGACCUCGCUUUCACUUUGGAAUAUGUUAAUUUCUUGUUUUACAUUGACCUCGCUUUCACUUUGGAAUAUGUUAAUUUCUUGUUUUACAUUGACCUCGCUUUCACUUAGGAAUAUGUUAAUUUCUUGUUUUUUAUACUUUUACACCAUAUUGUAUAUGUUUGACUUCAGAUGUGAUGUAACACUGUUACUGUAACUUUUAUUUUUACGUUGAUGAUUUGGGAACGUUAUAUAUAUAUAGCAUCUGCUCUUUCAAUUAGGCGCUACAUAAAGAAUAGGCCUAUGUUUCCAACAGAGCCUGCUUCAACUUUCUAAAUUUCCGGUAAUGAUUCCUCGGCAGGUGCGUUCUGGGUAUCAAAACCGGCCCUGGCAUUGCCAAACGAUCCGGCGACGAAUUGCGUGCCAUCAGUGGCGUGGCUAGGGUGGGGGGAGUCCAAAUUUGAAAAUUCCCCCGGUCUCCACUUGAGGGGGGCACCCUAAUGAGUGUCCGAAGUUUGUUUUUACAUUAAAUAUUACGCCGUGUCAUGAUGACGAAUGUCAAAAUGCAGGGUCCCCCACAGAGGCCAAGCCCCCCC